AUGUGCUCCUCGGACAUCUUUCUCGGCUUCAUUGCCCUCCUAUUCCCGCCCGUGGCCGGUGAGUAUCAUGAUCUGCCCCCCUACUCCUCUACCUGCCCGGGGUUCUUUACUAAUAUCUCCCUGUCCACAGUCUGGGUUAAGCGCGGCAUCUGCAGUGCCGACUCGCUCAUCAACAUCUGCCUCUGCGUCGUCGGCUUCUUUCCCGGUCUCAUCCAUGCUUGGUACAUCAUUGCUAAGUUCCCUGACCCGUGGGACUACGACUACGAGAGCCUAGCCGAGGAGAAUGGCCGUCCCCAGGUAAUCUAUAUCGUCCAGGACCAGCAGCCCCCGAGGCAGCAGCACCAGAUGCACGGCAACGCUGCCCCUUCGCCGUACGGCACCGUCCAGAGCCACGACCAGUCGCAGACCUAUGCUCCCACUCCCGCCGAGGCCGGCAGCAGCUCCCAGCCGCAGCACGAGGGCGUGCCUCCCAGCUACGCCCAGGCGGUUGCUGGUGACCACAAAACCCAGACAAAUUCCUAG